AUGCGCCAUAAGGACGAUCGCCAGGCUUGCGUCAGCUUCGGGCUCCACUUUUAUUCAUCCGAGUCAUCCGCCCAACAUCCGCCUGUCUCGGUCCGUAUCCUCUACCCUGUGUCCUCUCUUCUCAGGAUAUUCAACUUGAAAUUAUGCCGUCAUACUCGUCAACUGAGCAACCAACCGCCUCUUCCGCAAAUCCCGACCUCACCACGUCUUGCAGGCUCCUUCUUACAACCUCAUGAAGAACUCGGGCCGCAUACCUACACACAGUACUCCAACCAUCAUGUGGUUCCACUCAAAGAUAGCAACGACAGGGGGGCUGAGGAGGACAGGAGUGAUAAUCGACGUCAAAGCGGUGAUGACGACCAGCUGAGGCUACGACGAAAGAAGAGAGAGGAAGGGUCAUCUAGGCCACUUUGGAUUCGGUUAUUGACAUUGCAUAUUCUACAUCUCAAGAAUUUCGACGAGGAAUCACAAUUCCACUGCGGAGAAUCGUCCAUCAAAAGCUGGAAAAUGUUAAGAAACGUCAAACCCGAAAGUUAUUCAUCAAUCCACACGGACUGUUUCGACUUGCCAACUGAGUGGUCGGAUGGAGAGGGAAGCGGAGUAUGUCGAUUGUUAUCCGAGCGCAGAGAGCGUCCGACACAUCGUCCAACUACCAACUACAAGUCUACAGCCAAACGGAGCGAGCGUGUCAAUCAUGGGAGCUGGCUAUGGCCAGUUGAAUGCGAGGGGCAUAGGAGAAUCGUUCCUGCUGGUAACGCGUGGACGUCCGAGGGUCGUUCUACAUGGAAUCGACUGGAUACAGCUGAGAGCAUCAUUGACAAUAUGCUGUGCGACGCUACAGGUCCGUACCGUGCAAGGAUUCAAUUGGAAUGGCUAUGGCUCACUGGACGGAUUCAUGAAGAACAUCGAGUUCCCUGUGUCUCCCGUCUUCCCCAAUUUGGCUUUGAAGCGCGAUAUCAAAUUCCACUACCUUUGCCGUCAUGCCUUCAGUUGUAUCUUCCGGUUUUCUGUGAUAUAGACAGAUCAAAGACUCGACAUGAUGACGGGCAAUGGUCCCAGUUCGUUGUUGGCCUUGCGAAUCUUCGCCAGAAAUAUUGA